AGAGAGAGAGAGAGAGAGAGAGAGCAGCGGUCUACAAGUAGGGGAAAAUUCAUGCAACCCCCCGAAUCCUUACCGACUUGUACUGUUCAUGAUACACCAUAUGACAUGACGCUCGGCCGUUGGUCCAAGAGAACUUCUAAAAGUCGAGAUUUGAAAAGGGAAACAAACACAUAAAUAAACGAUGGAUGCUGAACAUGAUCCCAAGACGGAGAAUGGUGAUAAACCCUCUCACGAAAUAGAUUUUGUCACUUUGGGCAUGUUUAUUAUCGAUGAGAUUGAAUAUCCACCACCCAAACCUCCGGUAAAGGAUAUCCUCGGUGGCGGCGGUGCCUAUUCAGCCCUAGGAGCUCGGCUUUUCUCCCCGCCGCCGUUGUCAAACUCCGUUGGGUGGAUCAUCGAUAAAGGUUCCGACUUUCCGCCGGCACUCGAUGAUCUAGUUGCUUCAUGGGAUACGUCCGUCUUGAUGCGGUCCACACCUGACCGUCUUACUACACGAGGCUGGAAUGGCUAUGAUGAACAUCAGAACCGAGCUUUCAAGUACAUGACUCCUAAGCAACGACUCACUGCUGAAGAUCUUACCCCAACGCUACUAGCUUCACGCUCCUUUCACCUUAUCUGCUCACCUAACCGCUGUCGCGAGCUCGUCUCUGAGAUUAAGGCUCGCCGAAGUGGUUUGACGGCACCGGAUGGCAGCAGUCUACCCAGGCCCAUCUUUGUAUGGGAACCAGUGCCAGACUUAUGCACUCCAGAUGAGUUGCUAAACUGCACUAACACUCUCCCCGUCGUUGACAUUAUAAGUCCGAACCAUUCCGAGCUAGCUGGCUUCAUGGGCGACAAUGGUCUAGAUCCGGAAACGGGCGAGAUCAGCACUAAAGCCGUUGAGCGCGCUUGUGAACAGCUUCUAGGCUCUAUGCCACUUCAAUCCUUCGCUAUCGUCGUUCGCGCUGGUGAGAAGGGAUGCUACGUAGCCCGAAAUGGCGGACGUAAGCGCAAGGUAGUAGGCCAACCUCAGCGCAAAAAGACUCCGAAGCCCUCGGCGUUGCUGCACGGCGGAUUGCGGCCUGACACGGAUAUGGAGGCCCUUUUCGCAGGAUUGCUACAAGAUCCCGAGGGUACUGUUGCCCGCGAGGAAAUCGAAGUUGACCCCGGUGUUGAGCGCUGGCUUCCCGCAUACCACAUCGGCGACGCUGGAAAGGACAAAGUCGUUGAUCCGACUGGCGGCGGAAAUGCUUUCUUAGGUGCCCUAGCUGUCGCUUUGGCCAGAGGUAAAAGCCUCGAAGAAGCAGCUGCAUGGGGAAGCGUCGCAGCUAGCUUCGCUAUUGAGCAAGUCGGGGUGCCCGUGCUCACCUCGGAAGAAGGGGAGGGCGACGAAAAAACGGAGGAAUUGUGGAAUGGUGUCAAUGUUAAUGAGAGGUUCGAAGGGUUUAAGAACAGGUUAGCAUUCAGUUGCUAAGAGUGCGCGCACACAUAUACGCAUGCAAUAAGAUAAAGAGACGAUGGAUGAUGGGAGGCUAAACAAUGUUUUAGGAGAAUUAUUAUUACGGAUAUAAAAAGUAACAAUAACGGGCAUGGUAACGGUAUAGACAGAUCCAGGUUCUGGUACAGCGGGUUUUGCUUAACGGCUUAGAGGAGACGAGUUUUUUUAACAGUAUGAAUUUUGAUUACCUAGGUACCUACCUAUCACUUAGAUUAGAGUUCAGCAUAAAUCAAUCUUAUGUCUGCGAA